CCAUUUCUAGUAAAAACAAGCUGCCCUCUGGUAAGUGAAUCUCUCAGCUCCAAUUGAAUCUUGCAGCUCCAAUAUCCUCAAAUUCAUCAACACCCUCAUUUAAUGGUGAUCUGGGUAUGAAGCCGAGUGUAUCCCCGUGACCACGCAAGCUUUGCAUAAUCACCUCUCCUAUUGUUCCAGAGCUGAAAUCAUAGCUGGGUAUCUCUUGAUUUUGAGCAAAUCCAAUUCUAUCAGGACUAUAUAGUGACUGGGUAAUCUUGAAUUGCAGGACUUGGUUGUCCAAGCAAUGGCUUCGAAAGGGACCGCAAAAAAGUAUCACCAAACGCUCAUUUGCAUUGGCGGAAGCACUAAGUCAAGCCACUGAAAAGAAUGCCUCGGCCUUCAUGAAUAGAAUAACACAACGAGUCCCGAAUGAAGGUGGAGUACGUCAACUUGGCCCAAGUUUCCAGAGUGAUAUACCGGCUGAUGUGGAAAAAAUUUUGAGCCAGCAUGAAGUGGAUGAUUCUAGCUAUUUUAGUGAAGGAAAAGCAUGGGGAGCGUGGGGAACAAAACCAGGAAAAUGGCCUGGUGAAACGGCCAAUUGGAUUCCGUGGGUAGAACGAGUCGAGAAGCGAUUUGGGGAAAUAUGGAAACGACUUGGGAUCUAUGACGCCAUCAAGCUGUCCACCAUUACUAUUCCUUGUGACCGCUCCUUGCUAGCUGCCGCUAUGUGUUUUUGGAGUUCUCAAACAAACUCUCUGGAGCUUCAGUUUGGUGCACUUAGUCCGACCUUGAUUGAUAUAGCGGCCAUUAUAGGCCUGCCGCCACAUGGGCAAGUGGUGGACAUUGUAUUUGCAGAAGGAAAGUUUGACAUUGAUCUUGGUGGUGAGCUAAGAGAUCGAAGUAAGGGCAGACCAGUCGUUGCCAAUUAUAAUACAUGGAUUGAGGUGUUUAACAGCGGCUUGGGAAAUAAGUCACUUGAUAGUAUUGGCAGUCCAGAAGAGAAAGAGGAAAACCAGCAGGAGACAAUGGAAGUAACUCAUGUAGAGCAUGCUGCGUUUCUUGCCUUUUGGAUAUGUAAGUACUUAGUGUGCACAACUUCUAAAAAAGUGAAUGUGGAGUACUACAAGUUGGCUGAAGCAUUAGCAAGUAAAGAAGUACAAGAGAGCGAUCAGCCAUUAGCUCUUGGUCCAUUUGUGCUUGCCCACUUAUACAGAUGUCUUCACCAUUGUCUGACCGAAGGACUGAACCCAAAUUGGUCUGGGCCAUUGUGGAUUUUUCAGUUGUGGCUGCACACUUACUUUCCCACUUUCAGACAGCCGGGUUUAGCAUUGGCUGUUGACACUACUCUUGGACAACAAUUGGCUCCUCUUGAUUUACUUCCUCAUUCGGCAGAAGAGUGUUUUGAGGUGUUGUUCAAGUGUCCAGAGUUUUCUGCAGAACAGUUUGCCGUUUGUUUCAGUAGGAAGUAUCCACCUUACCUUGCAAUGGAUAUCAGCCAACACGCCUUAGAAAGUGAGACGAGAUGGGAGACUGCGUGUUCAGCUUGGAAGAGUGCAAUAGGUAUGAGGGAUCUCUUCUGGGGUGCCUUGUCUGGUAAAACACUCAAGUGUGGAGUGGAGUUAUAUUCACCAUCCUAUGUCAGUCGUCAGUUGGGAUAUUAUCAAGCUGUACCGGCUCCGGUGCCAGAAUCGUCAAACCGAUAUAGUUCAUUGCGAGCCGUUUUCUCCAAUAAGGACGACAUUGAGCAGAAUAACAAGGCGUUUGUGUACAACAUGAGCUUUCCCAUGAAGACAAGAGUAGCAACUAGCAAGAGUUCCUCUCAGUUCAGAGAGUGGUGGGCGAAACGAGUAGGUAGCCGCUUUAAAGAUGGGUUGGUGUCGGCUAGGCGAUCGGCUUUUGCAGGAAAUCCAUGGGCACAAGAGAAGCCGAAAGCUGUAAGGCGUGGUAAAAUAACAAGCAAAGUUGCUAGAGCAUUUCCAACUAUAAGUGGCCAAGAGUCUUUGAAGAAGUGUGCUAAAGGGAGCACAAAGAGAAAGGCCAUCCAUAGUGCGGCCACUGAGGCAGCCAAAGAUGGUGCUACCAUGUCUUCAGCGUCUCAAUCUCCUCCAGUGAAACAAUCAGCAAAACAAGACGAGCAAUCUUCUGAGAGUGAAGAACAAUUGUGCGUGGCCAAACGAAGUUGCCUAGAGACAUUCAAGAAGGCCAACGUCCAAAAUGCCAUUCCUAGUGAAACAGAGGAAUCCGUGGAACUAACCAUUGAUAAAAAUGGCCACCCGAGUAGUGACGAACCCGUGGGGGAGAUAAUUUCUCUUGAAAGAAUGGCUGAAAGCGAAGUUGUGACAAUGAAUAUGGAAGAGACACUUGUGCUCACCCAAACUUCAACGCAAGCCAGUAUUCCCUCCUCGUCACUUAGUGAGCAACACCUGGUGUUGGCUAAUGAACUAGAAGGUAGACUAGCUUGUAAGUUUGCUCCUUCAAAAGUUGCCAGUAAUUCACUAAUGCCAAAAUGACACAAUAUGAACUGCUCAAAAUCAAUGGCCUUGUGUUUCCUUGCAUGCUUAGAGAAAUCAAACAUUGACACCGCUAUUAUCGCAAAUGAUUCAACUAAGUUUCGAUUCAAGAAAGUAGCUUCCAACCUAGGAUUGAAAAUCGUUACCUGAGAAGAGUUUUCCCCAUCCCACAAUAAUUGGGGAAAUCCAGUCACAGUUACACUUUACUUAUGAUCUUGAAGCAUGUGGUCUUCAUCAUGAAUAAGCUCACAGUCUCCAAGCACCAACCCAGGCUUGCAGAAACUCUUAAAUUUAAUCUUCAUGGUGGACAAUCCACCACUAUCGUCCCAAAGCCCAUCCAAAUCCAAAUUUCCCUUUGAACUCUCUGUCCUCUUAUCAGAACUCUCUCCCUCCCCAGUAUCUAAUUUCUCAUCAGAACGUUCACAAAGGGUUUCCACUACUUCAACUCUGGCAUUCACAAUUUCCUCAUUUUCUAUAUUCAGAGAUUUAGAUAUUAAUGAAAGGAGUUGUGAAGUCCACCUGCCCCUUAUCUUCAAAGAAACCAUCAUUGUCCUGCUCAGCACUGACAGAACAUAGCGCCAUCUCAUCAGAAGCAUCAACAACUUCACGAUGAGUAGUGAGUCCUCCACCUUUGUCUCGAAUGCUCAUAGGAGCAAUAAUGGUCCUUCCUGCAUUACACAUCCCAUCUGAUUGCAGCAUUUUAUCAAACAUAUAGAGUGCAUGGUAUUCUCUUCUUUACACACAAACUUGGUGAGUAACAUGUAGAGUGCAUGGUUCCACAAACACUUGAUACACGAGUAAACACUUGUGGAUGUACCCACAUGUUAGAGAACAGAGCUAAUGCUUUAGAGGAAUCAGAGACUGUAGCACAGCCUGAAAUCAUACUGGUCCAUGAAACUGCAUCUCGCUUAGGCCUUUUAUCGAACAUCUUCCGGGCGUCUUUAACAAUACAAAUUUUGACUAGCUGCUUCAGUUGAGAGUUGAGUUCGAGCAUGUCUACAUGAUUACCCAGAUGGGUUUUCUGCUCAAGGUACUUUGGUGUUGAUUAUAAAACUAGAAGGUUUCGGCAUCCAGUCAUAGCUGCAACUAUCAACACGGGAACAAAAGCAGGAGAUGUCUCAACUGGCACAUCGAAAGCAUCGGGUUCUGCGGAUGUAAUCAAAAGAGCGCCACAUCGGUCCGUCUUUGAAUCGCCAUGAAUUUGGGUUCGACUGUGGUGAGCGAGCCUAGACAAGGGUUUUCGCUUCAUCAGUAUUUGGGACCUUAUCCGAAGGUUUUGGUUCACCCGAAUCGGUUUGAGCCUCUUGGUUGUAGGUGUACCGUCUCUAUCACCACUGAAAACACUGCCAUAUGUGGAGGACAAAGUCUAUUGAGAGAUUAUGUUGGCCUUGGAUUGAGUUUGAUGGUGGGAAAUAGAUGAUUGGAGUGAGGGUAAUUGACUGGUGGGUUAAGUGAUUCGUGUUGAGGGUUGGGGUAAACCAAAGCAACAUGAUAAGGAGGUAGAGGUGAGAGAGGCUCUGAUUAUGACCGAAGGUUGGUGCUGAAAAUGAUACGGCGUGUUUUGGGGGUUAGGAACAAGAGGCGGAGGUGGUGGAUAGUGGCCCGGCGGUGUAGGUGGUGUAGGCUGCUGAAAAUGAUAAUGGUGGGUGGAAGAAGGAGGCGGGGGCGAACGUGCAUUGGCGCUCAACUGAGCAGAAAGAUGUGGAAACUGGUGAGGGCUGAAAAUGAUAAUGGUGGGCGGAAGAAGGAGGCAGGGGAGAACGUGCAUUGGCGCUCAACUGAGCAGAAAGAUGUGGAAACUGGUGAGGGCUGAAAAUGAUAAUGGUGGGCGGAAGAAGGAGGCGAGGGCGGACGUGCAUUGGCGCUCAACUGAACAGAAAGAUGUGGAAACUGGUGAGGGAAAACAUACCCACUGAUGAUUUUUUGGGAUGAUGGGCGUGGUGGGUAGCUUGGUUGGGAUGAAAAUUGAGUGAACUCUCUAUGAAAUUGGUGGGUAUCUUGAAGACGAUAAUAGUCUGAGCAACUGUAACCCCCGCCGUAAAGGCCAAAAUUACAAGGGUCAGGCAGACGCGGCGAUGUAGAUGAAUAUUGUGGUAGAGCGCUCCUCAGCCCCAUGAUUUGGAGCUCUGAUACAAAUUGUUAGGGUUCUAACCCUAACUACCGAAAAUGAUCAACAGAUGAAAAAGAAAGCUAAAGAGAAAAUUAAGAAAUUGAAAUUGCAGAUAUAUUGAUCGAUGAAGAAAGGAGUACAGAGUUCUGGUUUAUAUAACCCAAGGAUGAGCUACCUACCCGGACACGUGGCUCCCAUGUAUUGGCUACAAUAACAACCCAGCUAAUUAACGACUAAUUAACCCACUGCACACGUGUAUAGCACAUGACACAUAAUGAGUUCUCCUACUCGGAUCAGGAAUGCUUAUUUAAGCCUAUUUUCAUAACACUGGGAUUUUUAAUCUAAGGUUGGCUCGAGUGUUAAUGGUUAGGUCAAGUGCUCCUUUCACAGGUAAAUUUUGCAUCUUUUUCUUCUUGAUCAAUGAACUUACAUAAUUAUGUGGAUAUUAUUUGCAAUUAAUGAUAUUAUUUUGUGGGUUGCACGGAAGAUGGAGCUGAUGGGACUGUUAAAGAUGGGUCUGAGGGGUUGUGCCAAAUGAAAGGAUCAGUUUGGUUGGGUUGAGUGCUUAUUUCACAGGAUUAAUUGAUUGGAGCAAAGAUUGGUUAGAUCUCCCCUUCUUGCCUUUACUUUUGUUUCGUAUUAAGUUACAGAUGAUUGCUACCAGUUUUUUGUACUUUAAUUGCUCCAAAUUGUUGUGGUUUAUUAAAGAUUUGAAAUCAGCAAUUCAUGAUCUCAGUGGUGCAAUUGAAGGUUUUGAGAAGAAGAACAACAAAGCAACUUCAUAUCAGUCCAAGAGAGCAUCAACUGAAAUGAGAGGGUUGAUGAUAAAAACUUGUCAAAUCUGGGCCAUAUAGACCCAUUACAAGGAAAUUUUGGCAUCUCGUGAGAAAUCCAAAACUCACAACUGGACUAUUCGAAUCCACAAGAAGCAUAAAUUAAUUGGACAGAAGAGGAAUUAACUUUUUUUUUUGGGUUUUUCAAUUGAGAGUUUCUAUUGGGACUUCCAAAUCUACUCACUUGACUUCACUCUAUAUAUUAUGAAUUGUUAAAUGACA